AUGGAGGAAGGCGAGCUGUCCACCGGCGCGGCUGCAGGUGGCGGCGACGAACUGUACAACGCGCUGCACCAACGACUCGUUGCCUCGGGCGAGUGGCAACGUCUGCUGAUCCUGCUUCGUCGAAUGCUCGACGAAUCCGGCUGGGAAUCCGAGUUUCAAGCAUAUGCAACCACCAAGGCCAAGCAGCAACCAGUGCUGAGCGUACCGGACCUCAUCGACGUCCUCACCCCACACGCGCAAGAUACGCUCCCUGCACAUGUCAGGGCCCACCUCCUGGACAAGCUGACAAACUUCCUCGAUCGCAAUCUCGAAGACGCUUGA